AUGGACUUGAGCCAGCAGCAGGCUCAAGAACUGCUGCACACCCACCGGGAACAUCUGCAGUUGCGCACAUGCAGUUUUGGUCGGCAUGGCCGACCAUCCUACGCAGUGUGCACGCAAGCCGAGGUGCAGCGACUCUGCUACUUCGCCAACGUAUCAGGUCUGCAUGGUGCAACUGUCGUCGUGCAGCCCAUCCUGUUGAUGACUCAGUGUCCGAUACCGGGCCAGCUCAACCAAGAGCAACCCCCAACACGGGUGGAGACCCGAGCAGAGAAACGCAUCCCCUUAACUCCUUUUGCGCAUCACGCGCAUCAUCGCAGUGGUGAUGGUGAUGAUGCGCGGAAAAGCAACGACAAUUGA